AUGCUGGACUUGUCGCCUCCUGCCUUUUUUCAGCCCAUGAAUGGUAGUGGAAUUGAUGAGGUGAGUAGACGUUUCUACGUCAUAUAAUCACGGUGAGCAACGUUUUGUUGAAAUAUUGCGGCAAGUGACGCACUUCUUGGGAGGCGAGCUCAAGAUCAAAAUAUUUUACGCACUUCUUUAUUUUGCUGAUGAGUGAUCCAAGUUAGCACCAAGCUUUUCGCUCCAAUGGAUCCGCAUCAUUGAAAGCUUUUCCUCAUGCUCCUCUCUGUGACUCAUAUCGGAAAAUGUAUUCGUUCACAAGUCACAAACUCUAAUUGUGACUUCAUUAUUUUUCUACUGUAGUUGUUGUCAAUUUAAUAUCCCUGGGCACAAACUCCAUGAGCUUUAGCAGGGCUGAUCUAAAUUCUGAAGAAUCUGAACAUUUUUAUUCGGUCACAAACUCCAUCGCCUGAGGCAAACACGCUGCUAUUCCACCCAACCACAAAAACUUUCACAUGCUGUGUCUAUCCUCACGCGCCUCUCUCUGGCUACGAACACUACAAGUCACAAAAUGGGAAUAGGUCACAAAGAAAGAAAAGAGAAAUAUCAUCAGAUGAUUCUUAAUGAGUAAUUGACCUUACUUUUAGCCGUCUUCUUCGUCCAUCUACGAAUGCAGGAUCUGCGCGCAUUCCGCCCAUGGAGUUCACUUUGGAGUGCUCUCCUGCAGAGCAUGUGCCGCUUUUUUCAGGUGAGCAAUGGUUCUAACAAAGUUCUUGCUCAAUCUUAUUUAUUUAUUUAUUUACGUUUAUUUUUAACGUGAAGAAGAGAGAGAGAGAGAGAGGAGAAAAAAAGGAAGGAGGAGGGGAUGUGGGGGAGAUGGGGAAUCUUCAGCUACUUGCCGCGCAAAAGAAAAAUCUUAAUAGUUCAGAAGAUCUGUUGUGUUGAGCAAAAAGUACAUGUGCCGGAAGGCGAAUCAAGGAUGCAUCAUCGACAAAACCGAAAGAUAUUUGUGCAGACUAUGCAGAUACAACAAGUGUCUCCGUCUCGGAAUGACUGCUGACAGUAAGCAAAGUGCAAUAAUUGUUUUUCCUAUUUGUGUCAACAAUCUAGAUGUCCAGUGGAACCGUGAUAUGAUCUCAUCAACUGAUCGGAAGCGACACAGCGAAGAGGACGGAACCGACUAUGACGGGUAUCCGGACAGCACGUUCGGAAGCCCUGGGUUAAAAAGGAACAGUAUGGAUGGACCGCCGCUUUAUGAUCUGUCCAAAGUGCUCAAUAAGAUUCACAAGACUUUUAUGGAAGUAUGUACAGCUAAUGGUUCGUACUUUGCGAACAAUCUUGUGUGUUUUCAGUUCAAAACUCCUUCGGACGACCUUGGCUAUCAGUCUCGCAGCACUUUGGGAAAAAUGGACUGGGCAUUGCGACAUCAUCGGAGGCUUCAAAAACGGGAAGAUAUCCAAGUGGGUUUACUGUGGAUUCGUGUAGAUUACUGCAUCGACUGUUCAGAUAGCGAGCAAGAUCCGCUUGGAUCAAUUGGUCGAUAUGUGGGGUGGGGAGAUGGCAAAAGUGGCCGAGUGGAUGAUGCAUUCCGAAGAGUUUCGACAGUUGAAUUCGGAGGAGAAGUUCUCGAUUUUCAAGCUGGUGUGGCAGAUUUGGCAACGAUUCGAGAGGCUCACAAUGUCAUUAGAAGUGUUUGGAAAACGAGCUCUGGAUGAGAAGGUUAACUUGAGAGGGAGAAAUGCCAAAGAGUUAAGUGAAUUAAGAUUCUGAUAACUUCAAACACCCACGCAAUCCGCAUGGAACAUGUCGAUGUGGAUCUGUCAAAGAUCACGGAUUACACGGCGACAGAGCUUCGCAACAUGUUUCAUCCUCUGUGCUCAAGACUUUUCGAUGAAGUGGCAAGGCCUUUAUUGGAGCUAGAGCCAUCUUCAAUUGAGAUUAGCUACAUGCUCUGUCAAAUUAUUUGGCAUACUGCAGGUAGCUCUUUUUGCACGGUAGCGUUCGUGAACACUGGAACUUCAGGUAAAACUCUUCAAGGCGAAAUUCUUGAAGCCGGAGAGAAGUUCAUCGCAAAAGUGGCCGACGACCUACACAUUUACUACAUGAAAGAGUACAAAAUGUCUAAUUAUGCGGGAAGGCUCAUCAAACUAAUGACUAUUGUGAACACUUUACAGGUUAUUCCCUGUUUUUGAACUCUCUUAUGCGUUGAAAUUUCAGAAAAUUCAUUUUGAUCGUCAGAAGAUUUUGGAACUCGCCAAGAUUUUCGAUGUGUUCAAAGUCAAGAUUAUCGAUCCCUGUUUCUUUGAACAAUGUUAA